CCCACCCCGUGUGAGCAGGAUUGACAGACAGCAGGACGCUGCAGAGAGAGAGAGAGAGAGAGAGGGGAUUGGAGAAGAGGAAAGAGGGAUCUGGAGGGAUAAAAAGCGAGGCUUUAGCUGAUCACUGUUUAUUAGAAUAAAGAGCUGAAAGAUGGCAGACAGGGAGCAGCUCAUCCAGAGGGCUCGGCUGGCCGAACAGGCAGAGCGCUAUGAUGACAUGGCGGCCGCCAUGAAGCUGGUGACGGAGUUGAACGAGCCACUGUCGAACGAGGACCGCAACUUGCUGUCAGUGGCGUAUAAGAACGUGGUAGGUGCCCGGCGCUCGUCAUGGCGGGUCACCUCCAGCAUUGAGCAGAAGACGGCAGCGCAGGAUGGCGGUGAGAAGAAGCUUGAGCUGGUGCGCGCCUACCGCGAGACCAUUGAGAAGGAGCUGGAGGGUGUGUGCCAGGAUGUUCUCUCGCUGCUCGACAGCUACCUCAUCAAGAGCUGCGACGACAGCCAACUGGAGAGCAAAGUCUUUUACCUGAAGAUGAAAGGCGACUAUCAGCGCUACCUGGCUGAGGUUGGCACCGGAGAGAAGCGCACCGCUGCCGUCGGCGCCUCCGAGGCUGCCUACAAAGAGGCGUUUGACAUCGCCAAGAACAUGGCGCCGACGCAUCCCAUCCGCCUCGGCCUGGCCCUCAACUUCUCCGUCUUCUACUACGAGAUCCAGAACGCGCCUGAGCAGGCGUGCCAGCUGGCCAAGGAGGCGUUUGACGAGGCCAUCGGACACCUGGACAAUCUGAAUGAGGACUCGUACAAGGACUCCACGCUCAUCAUGCAGCUCCUCAGGGACAACCUGACCCUGUGGACCAGCGACCAACAGGACAGUGAAGGAGGGGACGCCAACAACUGAGCCGUCCUCUCUCUCUUAGUGCUCUAGUUAGCUGUAGUUGACUUCGAUUUCCUCUUAAUAAAUGUCUUCUCCUGUC